AUGCCCUUCAUUCUUCCACCCGCUUUAGCUAAAACCUUUGCUCGAUGGUUCACACAAGCACAAAGCGAUUUACAAGAUGUCAGUCUAGAAACCAUUCUGAAAGGCAAUACUUGUCAACCUAUUUCAAUGCGAGAGUUUAAACUUUUUCUUCAAAACAAAGAGCAUUCUGCUGAAAAUCUGGAUUUCUACUACUGGUUUAUCGAUUACAGCGAGCGCUUUUACCAACUUCCAGAGCAUGAAAGGGCAAUGUCAAUGCCUCCGACCGAAAAGCCAAGUGUUGCAUCUUACGCCCUUCCGCUAGAAACUCUCAUUAAACAACCUAGCAUUAAGUCCUCACGAGACUCCGAAGAACCCCCGUCCGAUUAUUGUACAGAGAAAGAGCCAAGUGAGCUCCUCAAUGAAAAAGAUCCAGCAAAUCAACCAUUCCGCGAAGAGGUCAAUGCUGUAUUGCGCACGUUCUUCAAUUAUGAUUCAGAAAAAGAACUCAACAUUGAUGGGUACCUUCGAAGAUAUAUCGUGUACCACGCCAACAGAACUACACAUCCUGAAGUAUUCGCCGCUUGUCAUGCAAAAGUUUAUCAAAUCAUGGAACAGUCAUCGCUACGAAACUUCUUGCAUCAUGCUCUUCAAAACAUUCGAUACGAUGGCAUUGUGUUCCGUUAUUCCAUGGGAUUCUUCUUCUUCUUAUGCGUGACCCUUACUUUGACUCUCACUUUCUUAUUCCAUACUUCGCGUUGGUACCGUCUUUUCGUCUUUCCAUGUACUUUUGGAUGCAUGUUCUAUGUUCUUUCUGGAAGAGCUGGUAUGUGUUUCAGAAGAGCAUUAAGAAACAAACGUCAAGUGCCUCUAUACGAACUGGAUCAAGAACACGCCGAUCUCAUGAAGAAUCAAAAGCGCAAAACGUUGGACAUUGAAAGUGUUUCUGAUAUGAAGUCCAUCAUUGAUCCACAUGUACUCAACUACAACAAGCUAAUGUUCAUGCACACCUUUUCGGUAUCUGCAUUGACAGCUCUAUCAUUGACUAUAAUGGUAGUCAGCUUGACCAAUGAGCCCGAGUAG